UCUGCAGUCUUCUGAGACACUGCAAGUUGAGAGUCUGCAGCCAGUGCUGUGUGGGUGGAGUACAGAGGGGCUGACAGCUUCUGGAACACACAGCUGAAGGCUUCCUUUGACACACAGAAGUUCUCGGCGAUGACCGGACCAUCACUGCAGGAACAGCAUCUCUCCAGUGUCACAACCUUUCAGCGUCCUGACAGAUCCUGCUAAAGUUUAACCCGAAGGAGGAUUUUGUUCCCCCUUAAGCAUCUGGCUCUGGUGUCUCAGGUGCACUCACAGGAUCUGGGGUAGCCCUGUUGGAUUAAAGCCAUAUUCAAACCUAAUUUGAAGAUGAAAAUGCAUCUCCUCUACGUGGAGUUACUCCUCUUGGUGGGUCAAUUCCUUGUGGUCAGUGGACAGAUAGAGCCAAAGAAACAACUGCCACAGGAACUUCUCACUGCCACCCAGAGACACGGGCUCAUCGAGAGAGUAGAUCCAGUAAGGCCUAACAUCACCAUGCCGCGUCGCUGGCUGCCGCCCAUGUGCACCGGGCCCACAGAAAUCCGAGACACAUUCAAGUACAUCAACACGGUGGUGUCGUGCCUGGUGUUUGUUGUCGGGAUAAUCGGCAACUCGACUCUGCUGAGAAUCAUCUACAAGAAUAAGUGCAUGCGUAACGGACCAAACAUCCUGAUCGGCAGUCUGGCACUUGGAGACUUGCUGCACAUCAUCAUCGGCAUUCCGAUUAAUGUUUACAAGCUUCUAGCGGAGGACUGGCCUUUUGGGGUAACUCUGUGUAAGAUGGUGCCAUUUGUGCAGAAGGCCUCAGUGGGGAUCACAGUGCUCAGUCUGUGUGCCCUGAGUAUUGACAGAUAUCGUGCCGUGGCCUCCUGGAGCCGCAUCAAAGGAAUCGGUGUUCCAAAGUGGAUGGCAAUCGCUAUAGCGCUCAUCUGGAUAUUGUCCAUCAUCCUAGCUGUUCCAGAGGCGAUCGCCUUUGAUAUGAUCACUAUGGACUACAAAGGAGAACAUCUGAGAAUCUGUUUGCUGCAUCCCAUGCAGAAAACACAGUUCAUGAAGUUUUAUAAGUCUGCAAAGGACUGGUGGCUGUUCGGUGCAUAUUUUUGCCUGCCAUUAGUCUGUACAGCUAUUUUCUAUACUCUGAUGUCCUGUGAGAUGCUGAGAAAGAAGAAUGGUGUGCAGAUCGCUCAAAGCGACCACCUCAAACAGCGGAGAGAAGUAGCUAGGACUGUGUUCUGUCUGGUGCUGGUCUUCGCUCUGUGCUGGCUGCCCCUCCACCUUAGUCGUAUCCUGAAACUCACCAUCUACGAUGAAAAAGACCCAAACCGCUGUGAACUGCUCAGUUUCUUUUUGGUGUUGGACUACAUUGGCAUCAACAUGGCAUCUGUCAACUCCUGUAUCAACCCCAUUGCCCUCUACUUGGUCAGCAAGCGCUUCAAGAGCUGCUUCAGGUCCUGCCUGUGCUGUUGGUGUCUACCCACGGAGAUGUUGCUGGAGGAGAAACAGUCAUGCAUGAAGCUCAAAAUCACAGAUCGAGCAUCUGACCAGAGCAACUCCCGUCUGACCAACAAGUCUUCCACUGCAUGAACAUCUGCAUAAAAGUCAGCAAUGGUGACAGAAAUUUUAAAAAGAUGACAAACUGUCAUUCUUACGCUGCCUCAUCUAGAACAAUAAGUGACCUUCAACUUUGUGCCAUUGGUGCUCACCUUCACAACCCUACAAAUAAUAAUGCUGGCUUUUAAGGAGUGCACCAAAACACUCAAGUGCAUGUCAAAUGCUGUUUCCUUUGACAACAAUGUGAGAUGUGUCAAACUUCAAAAAAUGUUGUAAAUGAUUCCAAAUAUGGAGGAAUGAGUGCAGGCGAAGUGCACUAACUAAUGUGUAUAUAUACUGAGCAAACAUUCCAACACAAAAGUAAAAAUAUUCCAAUAUAAAGUCAGGCCAUUAAGUAGUUCAACACCACCACCAGAAAGCCACAAGAGAGGGCACAUUCACCUCUUCCCGAGGUAACAGGCACAUUUAAUCAUGAAGAACUUUUGGCCUGCAACUGGGACAACAUGGUCAACAAACACGUCCUGUUCACACCAGUGGUAACCAAGAGAACAUUCUUUGGGCUUCAAAUUCCAGACUCCCCACUCACAAGACUUAUGUUCUACCGUUAGCCAAAGAGGAAUGCCCAGUAGCAAAAGUAAUAGGAACAUAUUUCAAUCUGGAUUGCGCCUUGCUACAUAUCUCCUACCUUAUAUUGACUAUAUUGACCUUGUCCAAAGCUAACAGGAACAAUUAAGAAUUAAGAAACUCUGGCAACUCUGAUUGCAAUGUGCCAUAUCUAUAAUGUCAUGCAACACAUUCCCAUUUAUUUGAUACAAACCUGGGUAUUUGUAACAAAAUAAGUCAUUUUACAUUCAGUGAAACAAAUGAAACAUUCAGUUUACCAACUACCAUAGUCUGCCAAAAUGUGAACGCAGGACCUGUUUGCAAUACUCUGCAAACUGAAGAUUUAGAUUUGCAGUGAACUGAACCCAGUUAUGUUAAAUAUACAGUGAUUUCACGUCUGUAACAAUCACAUCAGAAUUGUACAAAACUCUGGUGUAUGUGUAAUUCAGC